AUGGUCUCUCAGGCACCGCUUUCCAAAAACCCACCACUUUCCUACGCCGACCGCGCCAAAAAAGCGCAGAAUGCGGGGCAGAAGUCUUCGUCCUCGCAGCGCGUAUUCAGCCAAGCCAUGUCGACAGGAGCUACCAGCACUUCCAAUAUUGCGACCUCUGGCCCCAGCACGAUUCCCAGAAACGAGGGAAACGCGGUCGAGUCUCCAUCACUAGCUGCUGUUCCACCUGCCUCCUCUCCCCAGUCUGUUUCGCCCCUGCCUUCACAAGUCAAUGCAAACGGUGACGUAAAACACCCCGUGAAUGACUCGCUAGCUGCGGGUCCGCCUGCGCAGACAGAAACUUUCCCGACGUCUGCUUCUAUUUCCGACUCAAUUUCUCCUCAACCACCUGCUGUGAACGUCUGGAAUCUGCGCAAGGAGCAGAUGGCACAGGCUCGCGCUCGAUCUAAUCACAACUCAAUACAAAAGCCUUUAUCUAGUGCGAACCAUCCUCCACUGCAAGAACCUCAUUUACGCGGAUCAUCAAUUCUGCAGGAGCAAAAUACGCGCAUCGGAACGGCGUCCUCGAGUACAUCACAACCUGUGGUGACUGCAGGGCCGGCUGCUGCAGCUGGAAGGUCUGCGCAGUCGAUGACAAACGGAAAUGGUGAUGCGCAUAGCGAGGGGAGCGAGGCGGCUGUACUACGACCACAAGCGCGCGCUCUGCAGGUCGCUGAUGAUGAGGAGAAUUGGCCAGAGGUUGGGAAGAUGGUCAGCCAGGCGAGCAGUGUGAGUGGGCAUGUCGAAGGGGAACAAGCAGGAGGGUAUGAACGGGACACAUCGCGCGAGGGGUCUCAAGGGCACGCUGCAUCACGGAAAAGUGCGUUUUUCCUAUUUGCCCCUUAUCAAACUCUCCGCCCUGUCCUCUUUUUAUGUUUCUCCGGAUCUUUUGUGAAAAAACGAAAUGGGUACCAAUACCUCCUGCCGAGCUACAAGCCGCCGCUGACGCCGCGCGUUCACAACAACCUCGACAUCGUUCGCAACAUUUGCAUCACCACCAGUCCCAUUCUCGACAUGCCCAGACCGCCUCAGGGUCUGCGUCAUCUGCGUCAGGCUCGCAGGGACAAAGUCACAGGCAGCGCACAAUCAAGUCCUCCUGCUGGUUAUGGGCGUGGGGGACGACAUUUGCCUGAAGAAGGUGUUGCAGGACCGCCGACAAGUUCAAAUGCAGCCAGCAAGAGCGUCAGUAUGAGACCGUCAAGGGCAGGCUCACCACAGGCGUUUCAAACGGUUUUACCACCCCCCGAAUUCGUCCCUAAUAGUAUGAUGGGAUAUCGAGCUCUACCACCGAGCCUAACUCGAAGUGGACCAAGCCCUGCUGAACACAUUCAAGAUCCAAGUAGUAUGAACAAUACCAUGCCCCCGUACUAUGCUUCUCCCCCUCCUAUACCACCACCUGUCAGUGCUCAGCGGUCGUAUCAUUCACCACACUCUUCUGGAUCGCCUGUACAGCCUCCGUACCCGCUUCAGCCACAUGCACCUGUACCGCAUAUGUACGGCGCUCCCAGCGGACAAGGUCCGAUACACCUUCCGUACGCAGGCACCCCGCCCUAUCCAGUGUAUCCCUCGUACAGCUAUGGCUAUCCACCCUAUAUGUACUGGUCUGCAGGCCCAGUUUCGCACUCGCCUGUUGCUCCGGACGGUGUGCCGCCGGCCACAGUGCUGAUGCGGCCUCCGCCGCAGACCGACGCUGACGUAACGGGAUACCGCGAUACAGGUUUCGUGCUUCCACCGCCGGCAACGUAUGAUCGACCUAGAGAGAAGUCCGAAGGGGGUCUAGAUACUGGCGGCGACAAUGGUUUCGAAAGAGGUCGAAGAAUACGUGAAUUAAGCUUUGGCAGCAUUGGUGCUACGGUUGACUCUGGCAGUCCCGGACCACCUAUCGCGCUGCCGACUCAGUCGGGUGUGCUGGGUCUGGAUGUUGGAAGAUCUAAAGAGGUGGAACAGGAAGGGAGUGACACGGAUAAGCCCAUUCCACCGUUCGCUAUUGGCGUUGCUCCUGGAGAGUCGGGCCCCGCUCGCAUACGGUCACGCACACGCACGACUUCUAAGGGCCCUACAUUGGCACCUGGUGAGGCAUUUUCCGUAGCAAUAUCCACGACAGAGCAGUCCGGGCCAGUGCAAGCUGGCGAAGUGGAUACAAGCAAUGCAAGCACAGUGGUGAGGGGCGGUGAAAUGAAGUGGCAAUUCGGGUCGACCGUAGAGGCCGAGGAGUAUAUUGACAUGGGUGGAAGAGGAACAGAUGCUGUUCACGCGUUGCCGGCGAACACGACGAUGGGUUCAGAUUCGCUCGUCUCGGAGGCGGGGGAAGUCGUCCCAGUAGUGCACGUUGAUGGGACAAAUCACGUUCCGCUGCCCCUUGAAGGUCAUGAUAUGACUGUGACGAAUGGUCUGGCUACGGCGCACUCACCCUCCUACGGGCAUUUGGCGCCUCCAUCUACUUCGGAUCCUGGCUCUCCUGAUGACUUGAGGGUGAAAGAUUAUGGAUUUGGGUUUGGGCGUAAGCCUGGUUACCAGCCCUCACCGACUAGUGAAGAGCGGGGCACACGAGACAAACGGGACUGGCAGGAUAGAGAGCCAGUUUAUGGACGCCCCAGGCGCGGGUCGCUUGGUGGAGGCUUCGGCUACGAUCGUGGUGGACACGAUCGCGGUGGCUACUCUGGGCGAAGGGGACGUGGGAUGGGAUAUGCUGGGAGGGGAGGUUAUCAUUCGCGGGCACAUUCGCGGGGUGGAGGGGCAUAUCAAGCAGGGCAGGCACGCCAGCCACCGUUUAUUGUUCAGCCCGCUCUGCAGCCAUUGCAGACCGACAUGAACGGCUUCUAUUCGCAUCCGCCGCCGCAGAUGACGACUUACUAUACGCCUACACCGACGUACGAGACUUACCCUGCUGCAUACUCUCCUGUUUACCCACCUCCCCUGCAAUCCGCAUCAUCGGCACCUCCGGUGCCGCAGCCGCAAUCUCCGUUGUCAUUCCCGCUGGAUCCUACCCGAUACUUUCUGCUUGGCCAGCUGGAGUAUUACCUCAGUCCGCAAAACGUUGUGCAAGACUUCUACCUCCGCCAACAGGCAAGAAUUCAAUAUUUUCAACCACUAUUCUUGCUAAUCGCUUACUAUCGCAGAUGGAUUCGCCUUACCAUGGAUCUGUCGUUGGUCACUGAUGUCCUGACUCUCUCAAGUCUUGUUGAAGUCCAGAGUGGACACGUGCGAAUGCGACAAUGGGAGCAGUACGUGCUCCCUAACGCUUCUCAGAGUACUGUCGAGGAAGCAGAGAUUCAGCAACAGCCUCAAGAGAUGGCGCAGCAGACUUCUGAGGCAAUUUUCCCUUCCAAAGGACCAUCUUCAGAGAUUGAGGAGUGUGAUGAAGGGGAAGACGAGGAAGAAGAAGAUGUGGUUUUCGUUCUUGAAAGGGACUAG